AUGUAUAGGUAAAUAUAUAGUCAUAUAGAUAUAUAUAUAUAUAUCCCUGUUCGUAAGCAUGUUUAUAAAAAAAUUAGGUGAGCUUGAGUAUUCAUUAAGAUUAGGUAUCAUAUUCCUUUCUUAAUUGUUUUUACAAAUUCGAUCGUUACUUUUCUCUGAUAAUUAAGAUCGGCUAUUACGUAAUUGUCCAUAAUUGUCCAUAAUGAAAUUUUACGAGACACAAAUAGCAGUAAAAAAAAAAAAAAAAAAAGAAAAUAAAGUAAAGAUAUCACACUGCAAGUUAUCUAAUUACCUUAUUUAACGCUUGUUAAAAACUUCAACUUGUACGUAACUCAAAUUACAUAAAAUACUCAAGGAAAUUCCAGAUGUUCCAAUCCACCUCUGUACGUGAUUGUAAAAGUGUAGUUUCGGCAACAAAACUACAAGAGUUGCCGAAGAGAUCGGUACGUAACGAAGGAUGAAUCCCCCGGUUUUCUAUGCGGUCUCGUAGGAGGCAUUGCCAAGUGCAGCUCUAAUUGUACGACACUAAAGAUUUUAGGUUUACGUGUUUUUGGUCCGUGGAGUAUUAAACAUUAACGACAUUAAUUGAUUUAUUUAUCAACGCAUCCUAUCAUCUAAACGACUGCUUGUUCACUCACGGCAAGUAACGACGCAUAUAUAUAUAUAUAUAUAUAUAUAUAUAUAUAUAUAUAUAUAAACAUAGCAUAGAUAGGUAAUCAACGAUCAUUCCUUUUUUCAUCGAUUCGUCGGCAACCUCGGCGAAAUUUUCACAACAUUCUUCUUUGUCUUUAUAUAAUUCUAUUCUCCUGUCUCUUUGGUGUGUGUCUUUCGGAUUAAGAAAGAAAAAAAAAAAAAAAAAAGAAAAAGAAGAAGAAAAAAAAUUCACCGAGUUGGAUAGAGCGAUAUUUUCGUUCACUCGACAGACAUGUCUACAUUACUUCCCGACUGGAUGAAUCGAAUCGUUCGUUCCUUGAUCGGUUAACUCAGGCUCUACGUAAUAUAUGUAUUCGUUGUGUCGAAUUACGCUGUUAUUCUCUUUAUUCUCUUCGAGUAUUCUCUCAAGAUCGGCGCCAUAAUAAUAAGAGAAGCUUAUUUUUUCGAUUGUUUUUUUUUCUUUUUUUUUUUUUUUUUUUUUUUUUCUCUCUUUACGACGUGCCCGUGUAGCACUCGUAAGAUCAACACCUACGAUUCUAAUUAUUCGCAAUUGUAAUAAAUAUAUAGCGAUACGGUACAAUUACAUCGUUCGCACGUGAAGUGACACUGGUAUAUCUCUGGUAAUUAUAAAAGCGGCUGAAUUUUUUUUAUCUCCCCUUGAAUUCUUAUUGAACGAAACGAACGUUGUUGUCAAACUCGCCGUACUCGCGCGUACAUUACGACCUGACUUGACGAACGGUUGAAUACGAGGUAAUAUGCGAGAGAUGGAAAUUAAAAUCCGAGAUGCAUUUUGCGAUCGAUAUAAUCAUACAGAGUUGAUUUUUUUGAUUAUUCUAAACACGUAAUACGUUGUUUCUCUCUAUUUUCUCUUUUUUCCCCUCCCUCCCCCCCCCCCCUUUGUUUUCCGUGCGACUCGUACACGGUUGAGCUUGGUGAAAUCGUGAAGGUUUCGUCCUCUUAACCCCUCGCACGAAGGAAACUUUCUUGAACGAUCGGCUCGCGUUUACCCGUGAAUAUGCGCGAGCAUUAAUACGCGACUUGACUAAACUCGCGUUGAAAGCACGAUAGGCGAUGGAAUAUUCUUUUGGUCUGCGAUUAAUAUUGCUGAGGAAUCGAGUGGCACGUGUGCGAUUCGAAAUCGGCACUGUAAAUGCCUCGAUGUUCGAUGUUCUCCCUCUCGUGUAAUCUCACCGAAAUCUCGCGUAAUAAGAAUAUAACGCUUACGAAUAGCGAUAACGAUAUAGUAGCACGGUAGUAGCGGCGAUACUUAGUAACAGUAAUAGUUAUUCCUUCCUUUUUUUUUUUUUUUCUUUUUUUGUUUUUUUGUUUUAAUGAUAACAGUAUUAAUAGUAGCGGUGUUAAUAGUAAUUAAUAAAUGACGUUGACGGUGAGAGAGAUGACGAUGACGAGAACGACGAUGACGAAUGGCGGUGAUCGACAAUAAUAAGAACAGUAACAGUUAAUACGUACGUUAAUAGUGUCUAAAGAUACGCGAGAUUACUCGAAGAAACAUCGAAUGUUAACUCUGGAAUUACGUACUAAAUCUCUUUUCGGUAUCGCUUCGCUGUUUCUUCCAUUGAAGCUCAUCGUACUUUACAUUUCGAGAAAACGUAUCGAAUGGCGUGCUUAACUUUCGUUAUUGUUCUCUACGUAUGCUCUCCCUAAAUUUAUGUAUCUUUCGCGGGCAAAGCAUCAGCGUCGCUCAAGAGCAUCGAGUAUGGGCACUUCGUUAAAUCUAAUACAUAGCAAGCUUUACCCGUAUUGAAUUAAUUCCUUCCCUGUGUAUAUGUGAUCCUUUCGUCGUUAAUUUUGCUCUAUUUAGUUACUCAUUUCACGAAGUAAUUUC